CACUGCGUCGGUCAACCCGCCUUUGUUGACCCUCCUCCCCGCCGCUUCUCUCUUGAGAGAGAGAAAGAGAGGAGCCUCUCGCAGUUGGGCUGCGGCGGCAGACCACACCGCAACAGACACAGCCGGGCGAUACGAUGGUGUGGCUGGAGUGGAUGCUACCGGCCCUGGGCGCCCUCGCCGCGCUCGACACGAAGACCGCCCUCCAGGAGCUAGCCCCGGGCGUCCUGCACGGCCACCCCAGGGGGACGUACGCGCUGCUGACGGCGCAGGGCUUCCCCGUGGAGCAGCACACGGUGCGCUCGGCGGACGGCUACCUGCUGGGCCUGUUCCGCAUCCCCCGACCGGGCCGGCCCGCCGUGCUGCUGUACCACGGCCUGCUCAACUCCUCGGCGGACCUGGUGCUGCUCGGCAGGGGCAGGGGGCUGCCCCAGCUGCUGUUCGCCGCCGGGUUCGACGUGUGGCUCGGGAACGCCCGGGGGACGGCGGCGUCCCAGCGGCACGAGCGCCUCAGCCCCGACCAGGCCGCGUUCUGGGACUUCACCUGGCACGAGAUCGGGGUGCUGGACCUGCCCGCCGUCAUCGACUACGUGCUGAGCGCGACCGGGCGGAGCGCGCUGCACUAUGUGGGCCACUCGCAGGGCGCCACGACCUUCUUCGUCCUGGGCAGCGAGCGUCCCGAGUACAUGGACAAGAUCGAGUCGUUCACCGGCCUGGCGCCCGUCGCCUUCCCCAGGGACAUCCGCUCCGUCCCGUUGGGACUGCUCGCGCUCAUGCCAAACUUUUUGAGGUUCCUCCUCUCCCUGCUGAACAUCCACAAGAUAGGGGACAACCCUGUCAUCCCUUGGUUGGGCGACAAUUUCUGCAGCGACGGCAAGCUCACGCAGCCACUGUGCGCCGGCACCAUGUUUUCUAUCGCCGGCUGGGACUUCGAACAACUAAACAUGACCAUGAUGCCGGAAAUAUCUGCGAACUCCCCGGCCAGCGUCUCUGUGAAGCAGAUGGUUCACUACGGGCAGCUGGUGCACCGUCGUGAGCUGGCAUUUAGGCAGUUCGAUCUCGGCAAGUCUGGAAACUUGAAAAAGUACAACGCGACUCGGCCUCCAGACUAUGAUCUUAGUCGAGUACGGGCUCCGACCCACAUCUUCUACGGAGCCAACGACCUGCUGUGUGUUCAGUCGAACAUCGACGAGCUUGUCCACCGGUUGCCUAACAUCGCUGCCGGGGGAGUGCACAAAGUACCUUUCGACAAGUUUACCCACUUGGACUUCCUCUUCGGAAUCAACGCCAAGGAGCUCGUCUACGACGACGUUAUUGCCAUAGUUAAAAACACACGAGGCAACUCUGUAUACGAUGACAUCCUACAAGAUUAAAAGUAAAAUAAUAAAGUUAAAUCAGUUGAUUUGUAA